AUGGUGCGAAUUGCAGUAGGUCAGUUGACGUCGACGGCCAGCAUGGCCCGCAACCUCUCCCAGUGCCGUACCCUUGUAAAAAAAGCAGCUCAGGCUGGUGCAAAGGCCCUCUUCCUGCCCGAAGCGAGCGACUACAUUGCUAGCUCCCCAGCCGAGACCGUCGCCCUCGUCCGGCCGGUAGACAAGAGCGAGUUUGUCUUGGGCCUGCAGGAAGAAGCCCGCCGAGAGAAGCUGCCCAUUCACGUUGGAGUCCACGAGCCGGGGCUCGAUUCCAACAAGGUGAAAAAUACCGUCCUUUGGAUUAAUGAGCGCGGUGAAAUUGCCCAUCGGUACCAAAAGAUUCACAUGUUCGAUGUCGACAUCAAGGACGGGCCUGUGUUGAAAGAGAGCAACUCAGUGGAACCGGGAAAUGAGAUUCUUCCCCCUUUUGACACGACCCUCGGGAAGGUUGGGUCGACGAUAUGUUUUGAUCUGCGAUUUCCCGAAAUCAGCAUAGCCCUAAAACGCCUUGGGGCCGACAUCAUUACCUACCCAUCCGCCUUUACCGUUCCCACAGGCAGAGCCCACUGGGAGGUCUUGCUGAGGACUCGAGCUAUCGAGACUCAGUGUUACGUCGUUGCUGCUGCUCAGGUGGGGAGGCACAAUGAGAAGCGGGUCAGCUACGGUCACAGCAUGAUCGUCGACCCGUGGGGUGUCGUCUUGGCCGAGCUUGGGGAUACCAGUGAGGAGCCUGAGAUCGCUACCGCGGAUAUCGACCAUGACCUGUUGCGAAAAGUCAGGAUGGAGGUCCCGCUCCGCAGAAGAACGGAUGUGUACCCUGAAAUCUAA